AGCAGCCUAAGCAGGAGCCGGGGGGAACCCUGAAUCGAGCUGAGAGGGCUUCCCCGUCCUCCCGGGAACCCCGGCACCCCCUGCCGGCACGCACCUGAGCAGCGCCACGGGACAUGGCCCCCCAAGCCGCCUCGCUGGGGAUCAUCUAGGAGUGGCGUCCCUUGUGUCACCCUGAAGGCCAGCUCUGGACCUCCCUGGGAAAGUGCCCCGCCUUGCAGAGCUGCUCCUCCGAAGGCCUGGCUCUUGGGACAUCUCCAGCCGGUGGCCCCCAGUGCAGUGGGGGCUCUGGGAGGCCAGGCCUGGCUUGCUGACCUUGGACGGCAGCUGCAGGACGGAAGAGGGGGGAGGCUGCCCCAGACACCCCGUGGGCCCAGGCCCCAUGCCCCGAGGAGGGGCGGCCUGAAGCCCCUGCAGCCCGCGCGGGACUGUCCACCUGCCCUUCUGACUGUGGCCUCUUGGCAUGGCGAGCAACAGCAGCUCCUGCCCGACACCUGGGGGCGGGCACCUCACUGGGUACCCGGUGCCCCCCUACGCCUUCUUCUUCCCCCCGAUGCUGGGUGGACUGUCACCACCGGGCGCCCUGACCACGCUGCCUCACCAGCUUCCCGUGAGCGGAUACAGCACCCCGUCCCCGGCCACCAUUGAGACCCAGAGCAGCAGCUCAGAAGAGAUCGUGCCCAGCCCACCCUCGCCACCGCCCCUGCCCCGCAUCUAUAAGCCCUGCUUUGUCUGCCAGGACAAGUCCUCAGGCUACCACUAUGGGGUCAGCGCCUGUGAAGGCUGCAAGGGCUUCUUCCGCCGCAGCAUCCAGAAGAACAUGGUGUACACUUGUCACCGGGACAAGAACUGCAUCAUCAACAAGGUGACCCGGAACCGCUGCCAGUACUGCCGGCUGCAGAAGUGCUUCGAAGUGGGCAUGUCCAAGGAGUCGGUGAGGAAUGACCGGAACAAGAAGAAGAAGGAGGCGCCCAAGCCUGAGAGCUCGGAAAGCUGCACGUUGACGCCCGAGGUCGGGGAGCUCAUCGAGAAGGUGCGCAAGGCGCACCAGGAGACGUUCCCCGCCCUCUGCCAGCUGGGCAAAUACACUACGAACAACAGCUCGGAGCAGCGCGUGUCGCUGGACAUCGACCUCUGGGACAAGUUCAGCGAGCUGUCCACCAAGUGUAUCAUCAAGACCGUGGAGUUCGCCAAGCAACUGCCCGGCUUCACCACCCUCACCAUCGCCGACCAGAUCACCCUCCUCAAGGCCGCCUGCCUGGACAUACUGAUCCUGCGGAUCUGCACGCGGUACACGCCCGAGCAGGACACCAUGACCUUCUCCGACGGGCUCACCCUGAACCGGACCCAGAUGCACAACGCGGGCUUCGGCCCCCUCACCGACCUGGUCUUUGCCUUCGCCAACCAGCUGCUGCCUCUGGAGAUGGACGACGCGGAGACCGGGCUGCUCAGCGCCAUCUGCCUCAUCUGUGGAGACCGACAGGACCUGCUCCCUGGUCUCCUGCGCCCUGGGUGCGUUGGUGGUUUCCCUACAGCCGGCUUGGAUUUGCUUGGAUUUGGGGAGGCUCCGGUUUGUGGAAAGCAAGGAACAUCUGCGAUUAGUUCCUGCUGCGGCUCCAAUUCCUCGCACCGGAACUGGAACCGUAUGUUAUUUUUAAGAACAACAACAACAAAAAAGCUUUUUCAUUUAGAAAGAAAGUAUUUGCUAUUUUUUGUAAACUAUAGGAAGAGUCCACCCAGAUCGCUUCUGGAGAAGCUGCUGAUGUUCAGCUCUGACCUGCGGCGCCCAUCGGUUCUCAGCGUCACCAGCUGAGAACAGGAGGGCUCA